AAAGAACAAAAAACACUCUUCUUUUCAGAGUAAUUUUUGUUGAAUAAAUUAAAUAAAUGCUCUUGAAUCGAGAUGGAGGAUUGGUCUAUAAGCAAAAUGAUCGAGGAACAUUUAAGGACACAGCACUAUGUAGCGAAAAAAGAUACACGUUUGACCAGAAUUUCCGGAAAAUGUGAGGUCAAUGUCAAUCCUUUAGAACGGGGAAUGCUCGUGGAGGCAGUUGGCACGGAAUUAGAUGGCAUUCGGAUAAAAAUCAAGGAUCCACACGAAUGCAGUUUGUGGCACAACACAGAGUGGAAAUGUGACGUUUGUGAUCUUAUUCCAGUGUCGAAAAAAUUGUGGCAUUAUUUAGCUGCAGUUACUGCACCUGGAGACAGAGUGAGAAUUGCAAGUAAUAAACAAUUGUGUAAAGAUAUUGAAAACAUUCGAGAGAAAAACAGAGUGUGGUUUUCUCCCAAUGGCAUUACAACUGUCAAGUGUCUAGCAACUGUCACUUUAAUUGGACCGGUGCCAGAGUUAGGGGAUGGAGUUUUUUUUGGCCUCGAUUUACAGGAAGGUAAAGAUCCUGCGAAUAUAAAAUUUACAGCAGUAAACAGUAUUUCACCUUGCAGCCAAGAAACUUUGGACAGUUUCAGAAAUGUGGAAAGAACGUAUUUGAACAACGAUAUUCUUAUACCAAAACGAGCGGAAGAUUUUCUCAGUAGUGGAAAUAGUCGCAACAAUGAAUCCACGAAGCUCAAUGGUUCGAUUUUGGAUAGAUAUGGAUUUGACGAUAGUGCAAAUAAUAAUCGUGAAUUGAUAUCUCUCUCCAAAGAUGCAGCAUUAACUAAUUCAAUGCAUCCAGUAUUCAAAACAGUAUUGGGUUCAACAAGUGAUAAUUGCAAAGGUAGCAGAAUCCUUGAGGAUUACAAUUUAUUACAUUUCGAUGAUGAGUUUGGAAAAAAGGAAAACAAUAAGCAUGGGUUGGUACCUGAUACAGGAGAUUUGUAUAUUGGAUCGAAUGUUAAAGUACUUUUGGAUCAGGAAACACGUUCUGGUAUCGUCAGAUGGAUUGGAACUCCUGGAGGCCUGUCCCCAGGAAAGCUGAUGGCAGCCGUUGAACUGGAUAAUGAACAUGAUUUAGGAACAGAUGGAAUUUACAAAGAAAUAAGAUAUUUUAAAUGUAAACCACAGAGAGCUAUGUUCACAGACAUAAAAAAAUGCCAUCAGUCCGAAACUCCUAUCGACAGCCAUAAAUUAAAAAUAAAUUUGGACAAUAAUUUCGGUAAUAUGGAGAGCUCUGUGGUUGUUGGAAUAGUGCGACCUAUUUCUGUCAAGGGUGAUUUAGAGAAAAUUUGUGGAAAAAAUCGUGGAAUACAAGGUCAUCACAAUUCCUGCUACCUAGACGCUACUCUCUUCAGCAUGUUUACGUUUACCAGUGUGUUUGACAAUCUUUUAUUCAGGCCGCCACAUGAAGAAGACUGUCCUCAAUAUGAAGAGGUGCAAAGAGUGCUUCGCGAGGAAAUUGUAAACCCACUCAGAAAGAAUUUUUACGUGCGAGCUGAUCGUGUCAUGAAACUUAGAACUUUACUGGAAAAAUUAUCGUCCAUUUCUGGACUUACAAGCGAAGAGAAAGAUCCAGAAGAAUUUUUGACGUCUUUAGUAGCACAGAUUCUAAAUGCAGAGCCAUUCUUGAAACUGAGUUCUGAUCACGAGGCGUAUCACUAUCAACUGUUUGUGGAGAAAGACGAACAGCUGAAUUUGCCUACAGUACAACAGUUGUUGGAACAGAGUUUCCUGACGAGUAAUAUUAGGCUAAAGGAAGUUCCUUCAUGUCUGAUUAUACAAAUGCCUCGAUUUGGAAAAUCUUUUAAGAUGUACCAGAAAAUUCAGCCUACGUUGUUGCUGGACGUCACGGAUAUAAUAGAAGAUUCUCCAAGGCAGUGUACAGUUUGUUCUAAUUUGGCAGUCUAUGAGUGCAAACAAUGUUAUGGUGAAUGUGGAGAGGGUCUGGAAAGCAUAGCUUUCUGCACGGCUUGUCUUGAAAAGGUUCACCUUCAUGAAAGAAGAGCCAAUCAUAAACCGAAGAAGCUUACAAUUCCAAUAGAUUAUGCCGUUCUGCAAGAACAUUGUUCCGUCCCUCGAUUAUACCUGGAACUUUUUGCUGUGGUUUGCAUCGAAACAUCUCACUACGUUUCAUUUGUUAAAUGUGGUCCUGGAUCCGAAGCCCCUUGGUGUUUCUUCGAUUCCAUGGCGGAUCGAAAAGGAGAACAAAAUGGCUAUAAUAUUCCCGAAAUGGUGCCAUGUCCCGACUUUCCAUAUUGGUUGAGCGAGGAAGGAGCCAAAGAGUUGUCAAAAGUGUCUGACGAUCGAAUGCUACCAGAGCAUGCAAAACGUCUUUUUUGCGAUGCGUACAUGUGCAUGUACCAGUCUCCCGAUGUCAUGAUGUAUAAAUAAAAUUAAGUGAACAACGCAUUAGGUAAGUUAGAUUAGUUUUUAUAAUUUAAUAUUCGAAUUUUUACUAUCGCCUACGCCAAUUAUGGAAAUUGGCCAGGUUGAAAGUAUCGCGAUAAAAUAUAAUUACUCGAGUUAAUGAAUCGUCGUCUGUAAAAAUAGAAGUUAGAGUUAGGCUUUGACAGUAUUUCCACGAAUGUUUUUUCACACAAAAAUAACGCGAGUAUGAUGAUAAUAUGUGUAUUAUUUCGACUCUAUUGACUUCUGCGAAGAAAAUUUUUUUGAUCGCUGUACUGCAAUAAACUCAAGAUGUUUACACUUAA